UCAUCCGUUGUUUUGCUUACAGAGGAUUUCCCAACUCCAUCAGAAUUGUCCUGUCCUGUGACGUUUGGCACACGAGCCACUCCACUGUGCCAUCGGUGCGAAGAAAGUGCAGCUGACUGCAGGGAACAGGACCUCACUGAGGCACCAGACGACCAGGGCUCCCAGGCUUACCAGUGUGGCUUGUGUUGGCUGCCCCUCCCCAGCCUUGCUGCCCGUCAGGCCCACCUGCUGGUCAGCUGGACGUACAGCACAGGCUGUAACCGCCUCUACAGUGACAUGAUCAGACUGAAUCCGUCUCCUCCUUCUCCAUUGGUAUCUGAGGAGCCAUCGCCAUCCUCACCCAGCCCAGUCCACAAUGACCAGUGGGACCAGGAGGCUGAUAGGGCCCGUCGUCUCAACCCUGUCCCCUACGACCUUGAGGCCAAACUGGGAUCGAGGCGAGGCGGAUACACUGACCACCUCCAGGCCCACUUCGUCUGCCAGUAUGUCUAAGACCCCAUCCACCACGUCUGCAGCCUCUGUAACCUCGGCAACGUCUGCAGCCUCUGUAACCUCGGCAACGUCUGCAGCCUCCACAGACAGCAAAGGUGGUAAAUCCUCCCAGAAGUCCUCAGCCUCGGGUUCGGAGUCGGCUCCCAAGAAGGUGUCUAAGAAAGAGCAGAAGAGACAGGACAUGGAGAAGAUACACACCACCCUGCUCUGCAGCGUGUUUGGAGCGGAGAGAGAGUUGGCUCAAGCUGAGUUGGAUGAGCUGGACUUUGCCUUCAAGGAGUUUGACUACGACUGCGACGGCUACCUGAACUACAAGGACGUGGCAGAGUGCAUGAGGACCAUGGGCUACAUGCCCACUGAGAUGGAGCUUCUGGAAAUAGUACAACAGAUUAAGAUGAGGAUGGGUGGUCUGAUGGAUUUUGAUGACUUCUGUGAGCUAAUGGGUCCCAGGAUAAUGGGGGAGACUGUUGACAUGCUGGGGCUGAAGGAGCUCAGAUCAGCCUUCUCUCAGUUUGACCAAGACUGUGAUGGGAAAAUCAGUCAGGAUGAGAUGAAGGAAGCGGUGAAGUGUUUUCUGGGGGAGAAACUGAAGAAAGGAGAGCUGGAAGAUAUCCUCAAGGAGAUUGACAUCAAUGGAGAUGGAAGCGUCGACUUUGACGAGUUCGUCAUGAUUCUGUCCAUUCGAUAAGCGCUGGAAGACCUGAGAGGACGCUAUAUCGUUUUAAUGAAUCUUGUUAGACUAAGACGAGAUAACAUUGUAUGUGUGCAUCUGUGUGUACUACUACACAUGUACUACCGUUUAAAAGUUUGGGGUCACUUAGAAAUGUACUUGUUUUUGAAAGAAAAGCAAUUUUUUUGUCCAUUAAAAUAGAGUGUAGACAUUGUUGAUGUUGUAAAUGACUAUUGUAGUUGGAAACGGC